AGAUGUGGGAUGUUACAGGCAUGAAACUGCUAUGGAGCAGUGCCUGGACCACACGGUGAAUGCUAUGAUGCUGAUGGAAGUGAGCUUGACAGAAACAAGCUGCUUUUGGAGAAUAAAGCAAAACACAGAGAAUGAUGGAGAUAUGUGGAAGGACUGUAUUUUUGAAAUUGGGAUAUCACGGAGGCCUAUGAAAGAAAGAAAUUUAACAAGCAAGCUUCUAUGUUUGCCAGUCAAAAAAUAUCAACACAUUCUGACAUUGAUUUUCGUCACUGAGGAGAUCAACAAGAAUCCCAACCUUUUACCCAACAUCUUGGUGAUUUUUACCUUUUUUCCUUUCAAGUGUGAUGAUUCACUUAAAAUUAUCUUUUAUCUACGUUGGAUAGCAAAUACAUAUCGCAAGUUUCCUAAUUAUAGGUGUACAUCAGUUGGAUGUGGUGUGUUACUUACAGGACCAACAUGGGCAGCAAGUAGCAAAAUUGGAACAUUUCUGACCAUCUUUGAUUAUGCACAGAUUCACUAUGGCCCAUUUCAUCCUAUUCUGAGUGACCGUUAUCAGUAUCCUUAUCUGUAUCAGAUCGCCCCCAAGAACACAAGGCUGACAUUUGCCAUAGUCUCCUUAAUGCUGCAUUUCAACUGGACUUGGGUGAGUCUGGUCAUCUCUGAUGAUGACCACGGUGUUACAUUUCUCUCAGAUUUGAGAGAAAGGAUGCAAGGAGAUGAGCUUUGUUUGGCCUUUGUGAAUGUGAUCCCAUUAAGCAUGGAAUUAUACAACACAAGGGCUGAAAUGUAUUAUAAACAAAUUGUGACAUCAUUAGCAAAUGUUGUGAUCAUUUAUGGUGAAAUGAAUUCUACACUAGAAGUGAGCUUUAGAAGAUGGGCUUAUUUGGGCAUCCAGAGGAUCUGGGUCACCACCUCACAGUGGGAUGUCAUCACAACUAUGAAAAGAGACUUCAUUCCUGACUCGUUCCAUGGGGAUUUCAGUUUUUCAAACCACCAUCAUGAGAUUCCCAAUUUCAAAAAAUUUAUUCAGACAAUGAAUACUUCCACAUAUCCAAUAGAUAUUUCACUGAUGAGAUCAGAAUGGAUGUACUUUAAUUGUUCGGACAAUGAAUCUAAAUGUUGAUCACAGAGCAUGUGUUUACCUAACACUUCAUUAGAGUGGUAUGCAGAUCAAGGAUUUGACAUGGCAAUGAAUGAUGAGAAUUACAAUCUAUACAAUGCUGUGUAUGCUUGGGCAUAUGCUCUCCACGAAAUAUCAUUUCAGCAGGUAGAUGUUCAGCCAAUCAUACGUCAACAUCUAGUUGAGUGCCCAAAGUUUUACCGCGCUCCGAAGAACAUACAAUUUAUUAACUCUGUUGGAGACCUAGUGGCCGUUAAUGAGAAUACAAAAAUUGAUGUGGACUAUGAUAUUCUCCACAUUUUGAAUUUUCCACAAGGAAAUGGUAUAAAAGUCAAAAUAGGACAGUUUUCUCCAUAUCUGACCCUUGGUCAACAAUUGUAUUCUGAGACAAAAGAGUGGGUCACAGGGAGUGGGCAGAUUCCCUCCUCUGUGUGCAGUUUGACUUGCAGGCCUGGCUUCAGGAAGUUCCAUCAGGAGGGAAAGGCAGCCUGCUGUUUUGAUUGCUCCCCCUGCCCAGUAAAUGAGAUUUCUAAUAAAACAAAUGUGGAUCAAUGUGUGAAGUGCCCAAUUGAUCAGUAUGCCAACAUAGUGCAAACUUACUGUCUCCAAAAAACUGUGACAUUUCUGUCUUAUGAAGACCCCUUUGGCAUGGCUCUGGCUUACAUGGCCCUGUGUUUCUCUGCACUCACUGCUCUUGUUCUUGGGGUUUUUGUGAAGCACCAAGACACACCGAUUGUGAAGGCCAAUAAUCGAACAAACAGCUACAUCCUGCCAAUCUCCCUCGAGUUUUGUUUCCUCUGUUCAUUUCUCUUCAUUGGACAUCCCAGCACAGCCACCUGCAUCCUGCAGCAGAUCACCUUUGCAGUGCUGUUCACUGGCCAAACAAUUACUGUGGUUCUGGCCUUCAAGGUCACUGUUCCAGGAAGAAAGAUGAGGGGGCUGCUGGUAUCAGGAGCACCUAACUUCAUCAUUCCCAUCUGUACCUUGAUCCAACUUGUUCUCUGUGGAAUCUGGCUGGGAACAUCCCCUCCCUUUGACACUGAUGCACACUCAGAACAUGGCCACAUCAUCAUUGUGUGCAACAAAGGUUCAGUCACUGCCUUCUACUGUGUCCUGGGAUACCUGGGAUCUCUGGCUCUAGGGAGCUUCACUGUGGCUUUCCUGGCCAGAAACCUGCCUGACACAUUCAAUGAAGCCAAGUUCCUGACCUUCAGCAUGCUGGUGUUCUGCAGUGUGUGGGUCACCUUCCUUCCUGUCUACCACAGCACCAAGGGGAAGGCCAUGGUGAUGGUGGAGGUCUUCUCUAUCUUGGCCUCCAGUGCAGGGUUGCUAGGUUGCAUCUUUUUCCCCAAGUGCUACAUCAUUUUACUAAGACCAAGCAGAAAUUCACUUCAGAGCAUCAACAAAAAACAUACAGUCCAACCAACUGAUUUUUAA